AUGCCGCCUAAGAAGAAGAACAACAAGAAGGCCCAGGAUGACUGGGAGGCCGACCUGGGCGAGACCAUUGCCCCCAACGGCGGCGCCCCCCCGGCCGCAGAUGCCGACGCCGCCGCCAACGAGGAGGGCGAGGACGAGGCCGCCGGUGGCCUGAUGGCCAUGCUGCGCAAGAACAAGCAGAAGCGCAAGGACAAGGGCCUCCCCGAGGUCGAGGCCGCCGAGACCCCCGUCGACGAGCCCCCCGUCAUCAAGACGGCGCAGGAGGCCAACAUGGACGACGAGUUCGCCCUGCCGGAGAAGAAGGGCAAGGGCGGCAAGGGCAAGCAGGCCCAGAAGAAGGCCGAGCCCCAGGGCGACGAUGAUGACGGCUCUGGCCGGAUCCUGACCAAGGCCGAGAAGGAGAAGCUGAAGAAGGAGCGUGAGAAGCAGCGCAAGAAGGAAAACGCCGCGAAGAAGAAGACAGAUAAGCCAGAGCCUGCCAAGGCCGCUCCUGAGAAGAAGAAGGAGGAGGUGGCACCCACGCCGGACGCCGCCGAGCCGGCAGCCGGAGGCAAGAAGAAGAAGAUUCCUGCUCAUCUGCUGAUGAUUCAGAAGCAACAGGAGGAGUUGCGCCGCAGACAGGAACAAGAAGAACGUGCCAAGGCCGAAGCCAAGCGCGUGGCUGAGGAACAAGAUCGUUUAGAUGCUGAAGAGAUCAAGCGCAGGGACGAGGCCAAGGCGCUCAAGAAGCAGAAGGAGAAGGAAAAGAUUGAACAGCUCAAGAAAGAGGGCAAGUUCAUGACCAAGGCCCAGAAGGAAGAGAAGGCACGAAAUGAGAAGAAGCUGCAGCAGAUGUUGGCUGCCGGUAUCAAGGUUGGCCCUCAGGAAGACGCCCCAAGUGAGCCUAAGAAGAAGAACGAGGCCCCUAAAAAGAAGAGCAGGCAACAACAGAAGCUUGAUGAAGAGAAGGCUCUUGCUGAGGCCGCUGAGCGUGCCCGGUUACAGGCAGAGAAGGACUUGAAGGAGGCUGAGGAGAAAGCCGCCCAGAAGAAGGCCGAGGAGGAGGCCGCCGUUGCUGCUCAGAAGAAGGCCGAAGAGAGCGACAUUGAAGAUGACUGGGAGGCAGCAGCAGCAUCUGACGAUGAUGUUAAGGACAGCUGGGAUGCCGAUUCAGACCAAGAAGGCAAGAAAGGCGAAGACGCUGAAGAAGAGGAUGAGGAUGAUGACGAUGAAUCUGAUGACGAUGAGGAUCGCAUCUCCGCUGCUCGUGCGGCGGAAACCCAGAGGAAGAAGGAGGCUGCUGAGCGAAGAGAAAAGGCGCACCAGGCCGCCCUGGCUGCUCGUUCAAAGGACAACCUUCGAUCGCCCAUUUGCUGUAUUCUGGGUCACGUCGAUACCGGAAAGACCAAGCUCUUGGAUAAGGUCCGUCAGACCAACGUUCAAGAGGGUGAGGCUGGUGGUAUUACCCAGCAGAUCGGUGCCACAUACUUCCCAGUCGAAGCUCUCAAGCAGAAAACGGCCGUCGUCAACAAGGACAACAGCUUCCAGUACAAGGUUCCCGGUCUGCUCGUCAUCGAUACCCCUGGUCACGAGUCUUUCUCGAAUCUGCGUUCUCGAGGUUCUUCUCUCUGUAACAUUGCUAUUCUGGUGGUCGAUAUCAUGCACGGCUUGGAACCUCAGACCAGGGAAUCUAUCCAGCUGCUCAAAGACCGCAAGACGCCGUUCAUUGUUGCCCUGAACAAGAUUGAUCGUCUCUAUGGCUGGAAGAAGGUCGAUAAUAACGGCUUCCAGGAGAGUUUGCGCCUCCAGAACAAGGCCGUCCACAACGAAUUCCAGACUCGUCUGGAGAAGGUCAGGCUCGAGUUCUCCGAGGUGGGCUUCAACUCUUUCCUCUACUACGAGAAUCCUUCGCUCAAGAACAACGUGUCUCUCGUGCCCACCUCAGCCCACACCGGCGAAGGUGUGCCGGAUAUGCUGAAGCUUAUCCUUCACCUUACCCAGGAGCGCAUGACGGGCUCUCUGAUGUACCUGUCCGAGGUCCAGGCCACUGUCCUUGAAGUCAAGGCUAUCGAAGGUUUCGGUAUGACCAUCGAUGUUAUCCUGUCCAACGGUAUUCUGAGAGAAGGAGACCGCAUUGUUCUGUGCGGAACAGAAGGUGCCAUUAAGACAAACAUCAGAGCUCUGCUCACACCACAACCGCUCAGAGAAUUGCGUCUCAAGUCUCAAUAUAUUCACAACAAGGAGGUCAAGGCUGCUUUGGGUGUGAAGAUCAGCGCUCCUGGUCUAGAAGGUGCCAUUGCUGGUUCCAGGCUCAUGGUUGUCGGUCCCGAUGAUGAUGAGGAGGACAUCGAGGACGAGGUCGAGUCUGAUCUCGCCAACCUCCUGAGCCGAGUCGAGAAGUCCGGAAAGGGUGUCACUGUCCAGGCAUCUACCCUUGGUUCCCUGGAGGCCUUGCUUGACUUCUUGAAGGACAUGAAGAUUCCCGUCGCCAACGUUGGUAUUGGUCCAGUCUACAAGCGAGAUGUCAUGCAGAGCGGUAUCAUGCUGGAAAGGGCGCCCGACUACGCCAUCAUGCUGUGCUUCGAUGUCAAGGUUGACAAGGAAGCCCAGGCUUACGCCGACGAGCAGGGUGUCAAGAUCUUCACGGCCGACAUCAUCUACCACCUGUUCGACUCCUUCACCAAGCACAUGGAGGAGCAGCUCGAGCGCAAGAAGGAGGAGUCCAAGAUGUUGGCCGUCUUCCCCUGCGUGCUCAAGCCCGUCGCCGUCUUCAAUAAGACCGGCCCCAUCGUCAUCGGUGUCGAUGUCACUGAUGGCCAGCUGAAGAUCAACACGCCCAUCGCAGCCAUCAAGCAGAACCCCAACACGGGUGCCAAGGAAGUCAUCAGCUUGGGCAGAGUAACGUCUAUCGAGCGUGAUCACAAGCAAAUCCCCGUGUGCAAGAAGGGCCAGCCCUCCGUCGCCGUCAAGAUUGAAAUGGGCAGCAGCCAGCCCGUGUACGGCCGCCAGCUCGAAGAGACCGAUACCCUCUACAGUCUCAUCUCCCGUGCCAGUAUCGACACCCUGAAGGAGUUCUACCGCAAGGACGUGAGCACCGACGAGUGGAAGCUCAUUGUCAAGUUGAAGCCCAUGUUCGACAUCAACUAA